AUGCUGCUUGGCCGACGACUCUCCCCCUUCCGCCUAGUAAUCUAUGGCAUAAUCGCUUUCAUCACAAUCACCUUCUUCACAAGCUUAUCACCAGUUCCGUUACCAGCGCCAGCAACCGAAGCCAUCACAAACAUCCAAACCAAAGCGAAAGAGAAGCUUGGACCACAUUUACCAGGCUGGUACGAAUCGGGGGUGCACAAAACCCCACAACCGACCAACGGAACAGCGUCAACGUCGUCAUGGUACGAACAUUGGACGUGGCUAAAUCCAUUCGGAAGCUCUAAGGACUUUUCGGAUAGUAGAACUGUUUUACCGCCGUUGCCGAAGAGGUGUAGUAUUUAUGCUUAUUAUGAUCAGGAUGUUAAGAAGGAAGGACAGGGGAAGGCUGACGAUGCGGUUAUGUUGGCUUGGAGGAGGGCUUGGUGGGCUGCGGGGUUCGAACCGGUGAUUUUAAGUCCGUUGGAUGCGAGGAAACAUGGGUUGUAUAAGAAGGUCAAGGGACGGUUGGGAGCUAAGAAGGAAAAGUUGGAGUAUAAUAUCCUGAGAUGGUUGGCGUGGGAUAGAAUGGGGACUGGAGUGCUGUCUGACUUUAGGAUCUUUCCAAUGGGUACAGCAGGUGACCCUGUAAUCCCUUUCCUUCGUCGCUGCGAUUACGGACAAUCAGUCACCCGAUUUACAGGACUGGGUAGCGCUCUCUUUGCUGCCGAUUCCACAUUAAUUAAAGCCGUUGUCAACAAUAUAACUUCAAUCGACUUGUCUACCGUUCCAGAGGAUAUCACAUCCCCAGCCGACCUAGCAGCAGACUUCUUCACAGCCGACCCGAAACCAAACAGCAUAGCCUACUACUCUCGCAAAGUCGUUAACGACAAAUACGCCACCUUGGAACCUCACCAACUUCCAAAAUUGAUCAACGCACAUUUACACAGUCACUUCCUAUCACAAUAUCCCGGCGGAGUACAAGUACUCAACCCGAUCAAAGACUUGAGCGGCGUAUUCUCACUAAACUCCUACAACCUCGCACAAAAACUUUUGCAAUGUCCGGAAUCACCUAUACGAGACACCUUUGCACCUCAAAAGACUGAAGAAAGACCUCUUUGUGGUAACGAAAACAUCCGGGUUACGGCACAAUACGUUGACACCGCGGCGUUUACAAUCGCAGGGAUACCCCAUCCGAUGACAUUCCAGGGACUCAUGAACAACAGGUUAAUACCAGAGUUAGAUUGGGUAAGAAGGAAUAGUUCAAGAGAUAUAUUUGUCAAAGCCGUUACCGAAGGUAUUGCGGAGAAAGGAACCGGAUCGGCCUAUAGAGCUGUAAAGCUCAAAGAGUUAAUAGCGGCAUCUCUUACCUCUUCGCUUCAAUCAUCGGAUGGGAAAGGUAGUGGUGUUGCGGUUUCUAUAUGGGGUCCCUUGGAGAGAACAUGGGAUUUGAAGGAGUUGGAGUGGACGCUCGGGUUCACACUUUCAGAUAUUCUUCCUGCUGCGCCGCAUUUUGAUCAAGGGGAGGAUACGGUUAGAAAACAUAAGCAGAUUAUUGAAGAUUCGAAGAGGGCGAUUAAGGCGACAAGUACGGGCCUGAAGAAAUUGAGAGGAGCGAUUGAAGGGUGGAGUUUGGCGGAUUUUGAAGUGUGGAAGUUUGUUGAUGCAUUUGAGGAGAGAAGAAGGGGUGAGAGAGAAGCGUGGGUUAAGAGAGAGAAGGGGUUCGGAAAGGGGUUGGAGAAGUGA